AUGGAUUUAGGUGAUGAUAUAGUUUAUGUUUAUGCAAACAAUUCAUUUAACAAACCACAAAAUUGUCUAAAUUAUUCUUUAUAUUAUUAUGAAAUUAAAUAUAAAUUUGAAGACAAGUUUCAUAAUAGUGAAAAGACGGUGCUUAUUGGUCUAGAAAAUUCUGAUUUAGAAGAACAUAUUUUCUACAGUCCAAUUUCUUGUGGAAUUUAUUACAUAAGAAAAGAAGAAGCAGCAACAAAAGAAAAAUUUAUGUUUUCAAGAAUUCCUUUCAAUUACAAUGAUGUUUUUGGUUGCGGAUUAGUUUAUCCGCCAACUUAUAAAUUAAAUGAAGAAUUUCCUUAUGUUUUCUUUACUAAAAAUGGAGAAAUGUUUGGUAAAGGUUUUUUAUUAAAAGACAAUUUCGACUCAUUUAAACCAUUUGUCAAAAUGGCAUGUUAUUCUAUUGAGGCAAAUUUUGGAAAUAAUUCGAAAAUCUCAUUUAAAUAUGACAUUUCAAAACAUAAAAUUCUAAAAGAAUUUUAUUGA